AUGAGCGACAGCCCGGCAAUCAACCCGAGUCAUCCCUACCACGUCCACACGGGCAUAUGGACGAACUGGAGCUUUGGUUCCGUCUAUGGAGCCACGCUGACACUUCGCCGGGAGGACGCCAACCUCCUCGUUGCCUUCAUGGCCGUGUUCGUCAGCAUCAUAGGAAAUCGGCUAUGGCGAAUUUGCUGUUUUGCCUUCCACCAGGCCUACGCAUCCAAUAACGCAUGCGACGGUCUCCACCACCAGCGCCAGGCCGUCCUCCGCAAUUCUUCUACUGCUGCUUCUGGAUUAGUCACUCUGAUCGAACUCCCAUGGGCCUGGCGCAACACUGCAAGGGAACCAUUUGGCCGAAUACUGCCGCUUCUCAUUUUUGCGGCACUAUUCACUACCGCGUUCAUCCUGGCUAGCGGAUUCUCCUCGAAGAUUGUUACAGGGACUGAGGUUCUGCUCUCAGGAAACGACUGUACCUGGUUUGAUCCCAAUCUAAACGGCACUUUGGAUAGCCUGGGAGCCCUUAUCGCUUUCCAAUUUGAGCGCACCCAGGUCGCAGCCAGUUAUGCGCAUCAAUGCUACAGCUCGGACUCAUCUAAUAUAUUAGGGUGCAACGUAUUCAUUAAAAAGAUGCUCCCAGCGACCCUUGUCAAAAAUGCGAGCUGUCCGUUCGAGGACAAAAUCUGUCGGAACGCAAAUACUAACAUUUUCUUGGACACGGGUUUUCUGGACAGCCAUACGGACUUCGGACUCAACGCUCCCCCAAGCCAGCGAUUCCAAUAUAGGAGAGUGUUGCACUGCGCACCUUUAAUAACAGAGGGGUAUAAAACCAUAUGGAAUGCAUCGAGCGACCGGUCAUACACGACUUACAACUAUGGAUCCUCCUCCUCAAGCUAUUUCAACUAUACUUACCCAAACGAAGCUGUAUGGAACUCUAGCCUCCAACACGCCGGAACUUAUCCAGUGGACUACGCCAUCGGUACUCAGGAGGUGAGUUAUACCAACGGAUCUGUUCACUACCUCGAUUCGGAGUUGGUCCCCGCGCUCCGACGGCCAGACGCGGAUGUGUCGAUAAUAUAUCUCUCCGCCGGCGGCAUUUUAUUCACCCAGAAGACAACCGACGACUGGUAUAGAGCUACCACCGAGACCACCGGCCCAUUCGAGGAGCCAUAUAAUGUUCCCUUUUAUGCUCAAGACGAGCCCGCAUCUCCUUUGGCAUGUGCGAAACAGGAGCAGCUGUGUAAUCCCAACCUACCAGACGGGAGUCGCUGCUCACCUCUAAGCGGAAAUUUGGACAUGAACGCAAAUUUAGGGAAGCUUGCGGGUGGAAAUAAAUCAGCCAACCUGAUAAGCUGGUUGCACAAGAUCACUCUCCAGCCGGACAUAUCGCUGACUCAAGUGGUAUCUAUCUUGGGCUCACAGGCUCUGAGAUCGAAACAAACAGUUGGUUAUGGCGUCCAGAGCCCUCUUCCAGAUGGUCAGUGGCAGCUGGAUGUGCAGCAUUGGUUUGCAAUCUCACUCGCCAUGAUACAAGAAAGAUUCGUAGAUGCCGCAGCCGGGCAUACGGACAGUGCAAUCAGGCCAUUCGUCAAAGAGCCAGACAACAGGGAGGAAAGAAUGAUGUGCAGCAGCCAAAAGAUCAUGAGCUCGGAACACACGUCGUUCAGCCUUUUCGCUCUUCUAUUUAUCCUUGUCGUCGGGGUCCUCGUGGUGAUUGCCUCAUUCGUUCUGGAGCCGGUUGCGCUGUGGGUUCGAAAACGUUACGGACUGGACUACGGCGCCCAUCUCGAGUGGUACUCGAACGAAACGUUGCAACUUCAACGUCUUGCUCACGAAGGAGUGGGUGUCGGAACAUGGUCUCAUGCAGUAAACGACAUCCCUCUAACCGGGUCCGGCGAAUUGCUCGCCACGCUGGACUUGACCGAUAAAGAGCAUCCAACACUGCAGCGUCCGGUACGACCGUUUCUACAAAUCAAACGGAAUACCAGCACCGAGGGCCGGGAAGCAAAUGGAACUGAUUUUGUCGACGAGAGUGUGUUUGAAUACAAUAACUCCCGUUCCUCCGAGCACUUGAUCGAGAACCCUUUUGCUCAAAACAGGUUGGGAAACUCUGAGAUUGGUGACGAGGGAGAUGUCGUUCGUGGCGGUGGCGUCGGUUUUGUUGGCGGCGGCGAAGUAGUUGGGAGCCUUGGCGAGGAUGUGCUUGGUCCAACUGCUUGGAAGCUCGGAGGGGGUGGUGGGGCAGCUGGCGUUGGUGUCGUCGCACUGGGUCGUGAUGGAGGUGAAGGUGAGGUCGGCGUCUUUGCUGAGGCCGAACUAGCCGCUGGUUCCGGAUGA